AUGAGGUGGAUCGGGUUCCUCAGCCUGGUGGCCCUGUCCGAGUGCCUGGUGACCGUCCCUCUGACGAAGAUCAAGUCCAUGCGGGAGAGCCUGCGGGAGAGGGACCUGCUGAGAGACCACCUCCAGCAGUACGCCCACAGCCGGGCCAACAAGCUCCUGCGCCAGCCGCGCGUCACCGUCCAGCCCUUGAGGAACUACCUGGACAUGUACUACGUUGGCACCAUCAGCAUUGGAACGCCCCCUCAGAAGUUCAAGGUCGUCUUUGACACUGGCUCAGCGGACUUGUGGGUGCCCUCCAUCUACUGCUCCAGUCCCGCCUGUGUGACACACAAAACCUUCAAACCUCUGCGGUCGUCCACCUUCCAGGGCACGGACCGGCCCAUCCGGCUGCUGUACGGGUCCGGCAGCAUGACCGGGCUGCUCGGCUACGACGACGUGCGGAUCAGGCACCUUGUCUGCAAAUCCCAGGCAUUCGGCCUGAGCACGACAGAGUCCGGCAUUGCCUUGGAGUUUGCCGCCUUCGACGGCAUCCUGGGCCUGGCCUACCCCACCCUCGCCCUCAAUGACACCACCCCGGUCUUCGACAGCCUGUGGAAGCAAGGCCUCCUGCCUGAGAACCUCUUCGCCUUCUACCUGAGCAGCAACAAGAGGAACGGCAGCGUGGUGAUGUUCGGUGGCGUGGAUCACUCCUACUACCGGGGCGAGCUCCAGUGGGUGCCGGUGAGCAAGCAGGGCUUCUGGCAGGUCGCUGUGGACAGCAUCUCCAUGAACGGGACGGUCGUGGCCUGUCCCUGCGGCUGCCAGGCCAUCGUGGAUACCGGGACCUCGCUGCUGAUUGGCCCACUCGACCCCGUCCUCAACAUUCUGAAGAACAUCAACGCCCAUAACACCAGCACCGGCGAGUACGUCGUCAGCUGCGAUGACGUCCAGAGCCUGCCUGACAUCGUCUUCACCAUAAACAAUGUCACAUACCCAGUGCCAGCCAGCGCCUACAUCCGGAGGGAGCAGACCGACAUCUGCUUCAGCAACUUGGACAAGGACAACUCAGGCAGCUCCCGCCCCUGGGUCCUGGGGGAUGUGUUCCUGCGACUCUAUUUCACCGUCUUCGAUCGCGCCAACAACAGGAUCGGCUUGGCCCCUGCGGUGGCGUAG